CACGAAUCUGCUGUUACGUUUGACGUUGCACCGGAACAAAAACGUCAACUUCAGCAACUAUGAAGAUGAUGACAGGAGAAAACAGCACAGAAGCUUCGGAAGUGACAAUGGAUGAUGUUAGAAAUCUUAUUAAAAAGAAAGAUGAGAUUGAAGAACAGAUAAAAGCGUAUUAUGACGUGUUAGAGGACCAGGGUGUCGGACUUGAAGGAGCUUUGGUAGACGAAGAGGGUUACCCCCGAGCAGAUAUUAACCUCUACCAAAUCAGGACAGCACGACACAAUAUUUCAUGUCUGCAGAACGAUCACAAGGCCAUCAUGGCAGAAAUUGAAGAGGCUCUGCACAAGCUGCAUGCCAGAGAGAAAGCUAAACGGGAAUGUGAUGAGGCAGAAGCUCAAGAGGAGGCGAUGGAGCAACAGGUCACCCUACCUCCUCCCUUUGCACGGGUGGAUGCUGUGACACAAGGCUCACCUGCCUCAGGAGCAGGGCUCAGAGUUGGUGAUGAAGUUAUUGAGUUUGGUUCAGUGAACACAGGGAAUUUUCAGAACCUCCAGAACAUUGCUGCUGUGGUACAGCACAGUGACGGGAAACCAUUGCGUGUCACAGUCAUCCGAGAUGGUCAGAAAACUCAGAUGAGUCUGACCCCACAGCGAUGGUCAGGCAGAGGUCUACUUGGAUGCAACAUUGUUCCAAUUCAUCGGUGAUCAUCGUGGCAAUUUCUAUUUCUCCAACUUUCUACAACCCUUUGAAAGGGUGCUACAUACUGCAGAAAUUUCUUUCUGAAUAGUAUUUGAUGCAAACCAUAACUGGAACAAUGUGUUUUUUUCACCUGCCUACAGUAAUAGCUCAGUGCUCAUUGUUCUGUAAACAUACUACUAAAGAUUCUGUUUGGGGGAACAAACAACUGCUGACGUUGUUGUAUAAUGAAGUCAUAACACACUGACGACAAUUAAUAAAGGUUUAUUUACACCUAUUAAGAAAAAUAUGGCGUCAAAUAUUAUUCAAUAGCAAGAGUCAUUUAAAGGCAAAUAUUUUUCUUUCAAUUAACUUUCGUUAAUGUUUCAAAGUAGAAAAAAUCCUGAGUAGCGCAAUAUUUACAUUUCAGUAGGAAGUUAAAUACAAACUACAGUGAGAAUGGUGUAAAACAAAUGUUAUAGGCUGUGGUUAAAUGUUUGUGUUUAUAUUUAUAGUAUUUGCAUUUAUUCAGUCAAGGUUUGUUUUUCAGGCGAACAUACAUUUAUGUUUUUGUGAUUAAGUGGAAUGAUCAAAUCAACAAACUGCCUCAAACAAAUAAAUAUCCCCACAAGCAGGAAACGGGUUCUUUUGAAUAAUCAUGGGCAAAAUCACAUUGCCUGCUUGAGUUUCUUCUUCUUCGGCUUGACCAUCUGCGGUAACUGGAUUUUGAAGGCAGUCCUAAAAAAAAAAAAGAUUGUAGGUGACACUGUAUAUUUCUGUGUAAUUCCAAAGAGUUCACAGGAAAUGAAUCGUGCCAAAACGUUCAAGUAUAAAAAUGUAAAACACUUACUCGCAAGUUGUACAGAUGGGACUGAAGUUGCAGAAUACUUAAAAAGAAAAAGUCACAAAUUUUACUUUCACUACUUGCAUUGCUGCGUGGUUCUCCCCCCACUGACAAAGAUCAUAUGCCUUUUUUUCCCCUUCAAGUGAAAAUCACACUUACUCGAGAGACAUACUGAGCACACGUAACCAAUCUCAAUAAGGUUACGAUGACAGAAACACGCAGCUCGGUAGUCAACAUGCGCAGGUGGCGGCAGCACCAGAUGUGAACGCUGCUCAGAGUCGGGCAGGAACACCCAC